UUUGAUGCUCCGUGUUUUGGCCCCGAUCCGUGCUCCAAGUUGAGCUGUAGUUUCCAUGGCUGACCAUGGUUUGGUGCUGUUGGCUCUCUCUGUCUGUUCAACCCAGGCUGUGCAUAGCUCCCUGCGGGAUCAGAGCGCUCCCCCGCCGGGACCCUACUCUCACAUCCUCCUGCUGGGACACGGCUACAUUUCCAGCCAAGCCUGGCUUUAUUAUGUGUGUCUGCGCUGCAGCCCCGCCAGCAGUCGGAUCGGGAGGCGGAGGGAAGACCAGAGUCAGGACAAAGAAAAAGGUAGAGAGAGGCUAAAUACUACAAACAUUUGACUGAUUUCAGGAUUUAAAAACGCAAAACCCCAAGGGGUGAAAAUGCUGGGUAAGGUUGCAUUACCCAUGCCACCUUCUGAAAAAUAACGGACGAAGGGAGGUUCGGUGUUCGCAAGAUUAGGGUGAAAAAGAGACUUAUUCCGAGAACUGCACAACAAACCCUCAAGACGAAGAGGAAAAGAAGACAACGUAACGCUUGAUUUUACGGAAUUCUAUAAUUGUAUAGUCAAUGUCAUCGUAUUUUGAUGUAUUGGCACCUUUCUAACGGCCCGAUCAGGUGUUACCGCAUGGCUGUCAUUUUGGCGUUGGCUGCCUCUUGAAACUUGGACUCUACCGAUUAAGUCGCGCUAUAGCUAAGGUGUUUAUGAACGUAAAGGAGCAAAAGAUACUGUCGUCACGGACUCCGAAAGAAAGACGCGUUAUUCUGUUAAUUCUACAGGUUGAGUCCAGCCGAAGAAGUUAAAUUGCUGGAGUAUCCGGGCGCAGCGCCUCUCCACAGCUCCAAAUUGUAUAGGCUACUCACCUCCCCUUUAACUGGACUAUAGGAUACUAUCAGAGACUUAAGUUGCCGCAUUGCAACAGGCAAAGAAGUGAAAAACACGCCAGCUGAAGUAUCCAUCUAUAUGACUAUUUUCGCAAAACAUUAGAGAUCGAUUCGAGAAGAAAAUACUUUCACAAUCCAGAGAUGUCUAGACGAAAACAGGCCAAACCGCGCUCCGUAAAAGCGGUAGAAGAGGGCGAGUCGUCGGAGUUUGCAAGGAACUGGGAUUCAUCGUCCGUCCAAACAGAUGUCCCUGCUGCGUUGGACCGCGAGGCGGCGAGGAAGGAGCGGCGUGCAGCACUAGAGGAUGGGGACCACAGUGUCACCAGCCAUGACGACCACAUUGGGGAUGAUGACCUGGACGAUGAGUCCAUCUUCACCUGCGACAACUGCCAGCAGGACUUUGAGUGUCUGGCGAAGCUGACUGACCACCGCACCAACCACUGCCCCGCAGGGCUGUGUAUGGUAGGGCCUGGUGGCCAGAGCUUGUUUGGGCAGCCCCGGGACCUGUUGAGUCUGAAGGGCUCGCUCUGCCUCCCUCCCACCGCCUCACCCAAACUCCUUUUCAACACGUGGUUUCUCUGCCUGCCCCCUCCACCCUCUGAGCCUAAUGGAAGUACAAGGCUGGGCUCGCAGGACACCGGCGUACGCAUGUCAGUCGUGAAGCAGCUCUCCCCUCUGCUCUCUACCUCCACUCGGCUCAACAUCAGAGAACAGCCUGUUGAGGUGGUGUAA